CGAUUUUAGUUAAACAUAGUCUGAGACAUUACAGUCAUUUAUAUUUUAUACGGAAAGUCGUACGAAAAAAAACUCAAUACAAAACAUUAUACAUUCCGUUGGGAGGAUGACGUCAAAGCUAAUUCUUCUUCUAUCGGUAUUUGGGGUUAUUCCAAACGCGAUGCUCCCGAAAAGUCCAGUCAAUAUCGACGUAUGUCCCCGAUCAUCCCGGAAAUCAGAGACCAGCUAUAUGAUGGCCGAAUAUGGAGAUGGAUUAAUUACUCGCAUUGAUGAGGGCAAUUGGAAGGAGGUGCUUUCUGGCGAGUGGCUUUUGCUACUUUGCUCGUCACAUCGGCCGAAGUGCGGAGAUUGGAAAGCGGUCUUAUACCAGCUGGCGAGCACCUCAAUGGGUUGCCUCGAUGUGGACUUGGCUUUUGGUGAUCUCUCCACCAAUUUUUGGCUACGUGGACGAUUUUCCGCCUUCCGGGAGGCUAACGUAUACCAUGUGCUGGAUGGGGAAUUUCGAAGACUGAGCUCUAGCCAGGACACUAACUCCCUUCACAAUCUUUUGCUUCUGCGCGAGUGGUCGGAGAUACCUCCAAUGUCACUUUGGUUACAUCCGACUUCCAAAUGGAGCACAUUCGCCGAAAUUAUUUUAAAGACAACCAUGGAUCUAAAGCACUUAGAUAUUUUUGGGCGCAACGCUUGGAAGACCGCCCUUAUUCUGGACUUAAUUUUUUUCAUCGUAACACCGUACAUUUUAUGGCUUUCUAUAAUGACAAGUACAGAGAAUAUGGUGGAAAAUGAUGACACGUUAUACGAAUUUGAGCUAGCACCUACCAAAACUAGUAUUCCACUUUUUAUGAAAUCGACUUCUAAGUUUAAAAGCCAUCUUAUAUAUUUGAAGAAGCUUAGACAAAUGAGAGAAUCUAAGUUCAAAAGUAUUUAAAAUUUAUAUGUUUCCUUCAACGAUUUUCUUUUACAAUUAACGAAUUAAA